AUGUCGACAAGCAUCACAAAUUUUGUUAAAAGAGUAGGCACAUCGCUACAGCAUGAUGUACGUACUUUUACCGUAUGGGACCCAAUAGGUAACAAAGUGCACUGCGCAGCGCGUGAUGCAGUUUACUUGGUUAUGGACUGCCCCAAAUUCUUCAUGUACACACAUGGAGCUUACGGAGCAAUGCGGCGUUACAUACGUCAGGCACGUAUCAAUAAGGGAAAGGUGAACCCGGAGGAUUUUCGCGACGUGGAUACCAAUGUGUUGCGGGAGUCUCUUAUUCGGUACGCGCAGUGGAAAGGACCGCUGCAGAAAAUCGACUUUAGAGUGUUUUAUUGGAUGUAUGUCCUUAUGAUUGGUUAUGUGUUCUGGCAAGGUUUAGCGCUCAAUAGGAUGCUGGAGGAAAAGAUAGACCGCAGUGGUGUAUCUUUGGACAAACGGCGGAGUAUGUUUGAUGAUGACUACGAGGAAGACUUACGACCUCAGUAA